AUUUUCCAGUAGAAUAUCAUUCCAUAUUCCAAGCAAACCUAAAAAUACCUUUCUUAACUCAAUAGAACUCUCAGAAUCAGGAAAAAUGAUCAAGUUAGUCAUGUACGAAGUUUAGGGUCAAUUAGGGUUUCUACUAACUGAAUACACAUUAAGUUUCAUCCACAGGGAAUUCUAAGAUUACACAUCCUGCAAUACUUAAUCUUCAUUCAUGCUAUUUUUAGUCUUUUGUUUCUAUAAGUUACACAGGUGGAAAAUCAUCCACCAUGACACAGAGCAGAACCUGGAGUGAUUCGUGGCUGCUACCUCUGUAGAGGUGACCGUCAACAUGUCUGCCUCAGAAGGCAUGGUGCUGGACCAUGGCUACAGUUGGGUCAUUUUCCUUGCCUCAUUCUUCAACCAGUUUAUCUCCCUUGGAAUCCCGUUUUCUUUUGGCGUGUACAAUGUGGAGUUUCUGGACUACUUUAGAGAAUCAAAAGCUGUGACGGCCUGGGUGUGCUCCAUCAAUAUCGGAGUGCUACUCGGAUGUGGUCCUAUCACAGCGUGGCUCAUGGCUCGUUUCUCUGGGCGCACAGUGUCUUGUGUGGGUGCUGUGCUCAGCACCCUGGGGACUGUGGCCAUGUACUUUUCCACCAGUGUCUAUCACUUGUACGUCAGCUAUGGCUUGAUUACAGGGUUUGGUUACUGUAUGGUUUAUAUCCCGUCAGCUGUGCUGGUGGGUCAGUACUUCCAGAAGUAUCGCAGCGCCACCACAGGCAUCUGCUCUGUUGGGGGUAGCCUGGCCAUUCUUGUGCUUCCGUUCCUCUACAACUACACCAUUGACAGGUACACCUGGAAAGGCUCCGUGUUCAUCCUGGCAGCCCUCAAUCUACAAAUGGUCGUUUUCAGCGCCCUGCUACGUCUCAGAAAACACAAUAUCUUCUGGAACAUCGGUACGGGGAUUCUGGUGAUCAUACCUGUGGAUUACCUGUACGAGAACGGGACGGACAAAGAGACGGCCAGCAUGCUGGUGACAUUUUGUGGGGGUGGGGGGCUGGUAGGGGGAGCUGCAGCAGGCAUCCUGGGUAACCAUCAUAGCUGUAAUAGACUCUUCCUGUACAUAGGGGUCAACAUCUCGGCUGGGGUCUCGGGUCUGCUGUACUUGGUCAGCACAGACGUGGCGUACAUCAUGGGGUGCAGUGCAGUGUUUGGCUUUUCCAUGGGGGCUAUUGUUAGCUUGCUGGUUGUUCUCUGCGCUGACAUUAUAGGUGUACAGAAGCUGGGGCAGGCAUUCGGCUAUCUCAUGUUUUCAAAUGGUGUUGGCAAUUUGGCUGGGCCUCCAUUGGCAGGUCUCCUAUUUGACCUGUCUGGAAAUUAUCGCUCCUCCUUGGUUCUGGCUGGGGUCCUCAACGUACUUGGAGGCGUUGUCAUGUUCUGGAUUCCGAUCCAGGAGCAGUUUCAGGGUCGUAACCUUCCACCCAGGAAGACACAGGAUGGAAGUGUAACACUGCAUACGGAAGAGUUAUCUCCCUUGUCAACUUAAAUCUCUUACAAGAUUAUCUCCACAUGAGGAAUAUAUCAAAGAUAUAUAUGUACUUUUACAUAGAUCGGAUAAGUGUAUUUUUACCUAGUCACUAUAUAUCUACUUGUACACAUAUUUGUGUAUUGGUUGUUCACAUACAUAUUCAUUUGCAUUUAUCUUUUCAGAAUUCUUAUACAUAUAUUGUAAACACUUGAAUCAUCCAUGAUUACGUUUCUUCUGAGUUUCUCAUUUCUCUUGAUUCUCAGAAUUCUAUUGAUACUACAUGUAGAAAGGGUGUUUUAGGGUUUAUAUGGAUGGUAGUAUGAUAUCCUGCAGGAAAAAUGUAAUUUUCAGCACCAUGUUAUAAGUGUAUGUUAAAAUUGCCGCCUGAAAUGCCAUUGUUUGGGCAAAACAUUAUUUCAUUUACCAUACUAAAGUUUUGUUCAAAGGUUUUGAAGACGUGAAAAGUUCUUGUUUUGACUGUUAGAAAGUACUCAAGGUUUGGAGUGAUUGCAUGAAAUUAUUAAGGAAUUUGUGAGUUCAAAUCCAGCGCUGUCCUGCUAUGUUGCCUGUAGUUUUGUGUCAGGAGCUUUUAGAGGUAUGUUAAUGGGUUAAUGCGAUGUUGUGUGAUACUUUAACAACUCACAAGCCCUGAGAAACAAUAGAGACAUUAUUAGUGAAAAUGGUUUAAUAAAAUUUAAACAAUAUAACAACACAGCAUGAAGGAGGAUAGGCAAUAUAUCUGAUACACAUUUUAAUUGUUCCCCCAUGAGGCUGUCAUUAAAAAUAUGUAUUUUGGGCAUAAACCAACCCACCCUCCAAUAAAGGACCCUAAUUUCAAAUUUGUGGAGAAGGCAGAGAAAUUUUGCUUGUUUAUUUCUUUAAAAUUCCUCCAUUUAUCUUUAGCAAAAAAAAAAAAAAAAAGUUAAAAAUUGAAAAUAGAAAGAAAAAGCUGCUGACCUACUGUUUUUUCUCACAGGAUCAGUACAUGGCCAACAAAGAAUUCAAGAAUUCUUUAAGGAUAGCCUGAUGUAUUUUACCCUCACUGAAAAUCAGUGGGCAACUUCCUAAGGGCAAAAUCUCUGUCCGAUUAUUUUUAUUCAUAAUCCUGACUAUCAUAUCAACGAGAAUUGUUUUGUUUCUUUACUUGUUUUUAUUUCAUGUUUUUGUUCUUGAAAUUGAUGGUGUUGACCCAGAAUGCUUGUAAUUUCACAUUUUAUCAGUUUUAAUUAAAGUUUACUUCUAUUAAUCCAGUAUUACCAGCACAGUACUAGUAUAAAUAGAGAAGCUAACACAUAAAAAGUGUUAAGAUGUUAUUUUUUAUUAUUUUUUUUUUGAUUGGUGUUUUACGCCGUACUCAAGAAUAUUUCACUUA